AUGAAAAAUGUGACAAAACCAGAAAAUAUGUUCUUUUUUGAAACUUCUGGUAGAUGUCACCUUACAACUAGAGAAGCCUGCUCUAUUGAGUCUGCAGCAAAACAUCACCCUACAAACAGGAUCCAGUUCUUAUAUGCUUGUAAAAACGUGAGUCAGCUAAAGGACGACAAACCUUUCCAAAUAGUAUCACAAAUUGAAAACGUUGAAUUUAAAUCACUGAAUUUUAAAUUCGUUUUAUCGGGAACACCUUUAGCUAACUGGUAUGAAAGUGGAAUACUGAACAUAACUAUAAAAAAAAACAAUGUCUUAUCCGAUGGAUUGAAAUUUGUUUUGCUUAAAAAGUACGGUGGUGUAGCCAUCGACUCUGACUGUAUAACAAGAAAACCACUUCCUAACUUGCCUGCUUACGCUGGUUUUCAAACUUUAUCAGUUGUGAACAAUGCUAUCAUUAAAGCACAGAAAGACAGUCCAUUUCUCAUUGAAUGCAUGGAACGAUUUGUUAAAGAAUAUAGUCCAACAAUCUGGUGUCACAACGGUCCUAAGUUAUUGACCAGAGUUAUCCAAGGAGCUUGUGAGAAGGAAAACAAAUACUUUGCACCUGGAUUCACAUGUUACGGAGUUCAUCUCUUUCCCGUUCCAGCUUUUUAUCCUAUUAAUUUUUCUCAGAGAAAACUAUUUUUUGAUCCCAGUGUUUCUGAGUCCUUAAACAAAAUCUGGAAGGAUAGCUAUAUUGUACAUAUCUGGAAUAGUUUAGUUCAAAGACAACAAUAUAAGCCUGGAGAAGGGAGUCCAAUGGAUCAUUUGUACAAGGACAAUUGUCCAAUAACUUAUUCUUAUAUUGUGAAACAAGGUGUAGGAGAGUGA